AGAGGCAAAGGUUAAAUAUCCACUCUCCUGACUCUGUGUGUUUGUGUCUCCACUGGGCUGAGCUGGCAGACACUAUCCUGAUCUAGAACCAUUUCGGACACCUUAAAAAUCAGCUGGAAGUUCUGACUGGAGUUGAAACCCCCACCGUCAUGUCGCACCUGCACCGCCUUCCCUCCUUGACGCAUGUGGCAGUCUGUGGAGGAACGCAUGGGAAUGAGAUGUCGGGCAUUUAUCUGGCCAAGCACUGGCUGAACAACACUUCCGAGUUGUGCCGCAGCACUUUCCAGGCCACUCCCUUCUUGGGCAACCCACGUGCGAUUGAGAAGUGUGUGCGUUACAUCGGGAGGGACCUUAAUCGCUCGUUCAUUGCGGAUAUUCUCAACUCCAAGGGCUCGGAUACAGAUUCUUAUGAGGUCCAACGUGCCCGGGAGAUCAACCAGAGCUUUGGGCCCAAAGGGUCAUCUCAAGCCUAUGAGUUCAUAUUUGACCUACACAACACCACAGCCAACAUGGGCUGCUGCCUCAUUGUGGCUUCUGAGCAUUGUCUGUUAACUUUGCAUAUGUGCAGCUAUAUUCAGAAACAGUCCAAGGUGAAACAUUGUUCCAUCUUACUCAGUCAGCAGAACCCACAGGAAGAGACGUACUCCGUCUGUUCCGUGAGCAAAAAUGGACUAGCAAUAGAGGUGGGUCCCCAGCCCCAAGGAGUGGCACGAGCGGACCUGCUGGCUCAGAUGAGAUCCAUCAUGGCCUAUGCUCUGGACUUCAUAGAGCUGUUUAACAAAGGCACGUUGUUCCCAGCCUUUGAUAUUGAAGCAUACAAAGUCACUGGAGCUGUGGACUUCCCCCGCUAUCCAAGUGGUGAAAUUUCUGCUGUGAUACAUCCAGAUCUGCAGGAUAAAGAUUUCCAACCCUUAAAGCCUGGAGACCCCAUUUUCCAAACAUUCAGUGGGGAGGAUAUUCUGUAUGAGGGAGAAGACACCACCUACCCUGUCUUCAUCAACGAGGCAGCGUACUAUGAGAAGAAAACAGCCUUUCUGAAGACAGAGAAACGCACUGUCUCACUACCUGUGCUGCAGAAGAAGUUUUAAACAAGUCAUGUUUUAUAAUGAGAAAACAAACCAUAAAUCACAAGGAGAUAACUGAAAUCCUUAUAUUUUAUAUCCUAAAAAGUCAUUGCUGUGUGACUCAUCCAGGUACACUAUACAAUAAAUCAAAAACCAAUCAAAUUUAUCAGACAUUUAUUGUUAGAGACAAGCUUUUCCCAUGUGUGUGGUACAGUGUAUAUGAUAUUUCUUUCUUUAAAACAGUCCAUGGAGUCUUCAUGCAAUCAAUUUGCACUGAGCUGCUCCUUAGCAUGUUUUCUAUCUCUUCAUAUUUGUUGGAUAAAACUGAAAUAUUUGGAUAAAUCAGUGUGCUCUGGUAGCAUGAAUGCUGAAGCUACAGACUUAGAUCUAAACCCUCCAAUACAUCCAUGGACUGUCUAAGCACUUUUUCCUCACAGUCAAGUUUCCCUCCAAAAUUGCUUCUUCACAGUGACAGAACUAUUAGGAAUCAGAGAGAGAGAGAGAGAGAGAGAGAGAGAGAGAGAGAGAGAUUGGGAAAAAGAUUCUCUCUUGAUCCUAGAAGUCAUAGAGUCUCAUCAAGAAUGCAUGCUUCUUUAGGGCUCACCAUCUUACAAUUCUUGGAGACUCGUUUACUCUCUGCCCUAAAUUUUUAUAGAGAAGACUUGGGAACUGGACUUCCCUAGAACUUGGAGGAUUCUGUCAAGAAUUUCAAAGCUUUAGGGCAGCAGGCUCUCUGGAGCUGUUCAAUCUCUGCAUUUUCAAUUUUAUUUGCUGGUCUCAGGAUCCACCUGUGCCUCUAUUGAUUAAGCAGGGAAAAUGUGAACACACCACAUUCUUCCAGCACUAAGCAAUUAUCAUGGUAGUGGCUGUGAAGUGUAGUGUGAGUGUCAUCCUGGGCUCUUGCUAACAUGCUCCAUUUCUAUUUUUGCCGAGUCUUCACCAACAACCAGAGUUGCCAGGGAGUAAUGGAUGCUGGUGGGACGUGGUGGUGCUGCAGAUUAAACCACAGAAGCCUCUGUGCUGCAAGGUCAGAAAACC